CAUGAUAAGCGUUGCACUUGAAUUCGCCCCUUAAACUUCAAUAUAUCUCUGCCGAAUGGCAACUAUGAGGAAUGUUGCUUUCGAAAUUGAGGAGAUUUUAGUUGGAAAACAGUUGGAAGUUUAAACAUAGUCAUCUGAAAUAGUAAGUUUAUAUUUAAAAUGGCUUCACUUUUUGAUUAUGAGGAUUCUGAAUGUGAGGAGGAAUCUACGGAAGCAAGUGCAGCUACUGCUGCUGGAUCAUUGGACACUGAUAAAUAUUUUUCGCUAGUGAUGGUUAAGGAUCGGAAAACAGAGAUGUAUGUAAAAUUUGCGAAAGUGAUGGUAAUAUUCCAAUAUGUGAAACAGGAGCAUACUGGAAAUAUUUUAAAACAUGUAACAGAAAAAUUCAAAACAACCGCAUAUGUAAUUUCAGAUUCAACUUUUAUUCAACACACCCUGACGUCAUUUGAUCCUGAAAAUACUAAUGCGUAUUACAAAUAUUUUAAAGAAAGGUGUAAAGAAGGUUGUGAAAACGGUGCUAAUCUAAUAGUUAUUGCACCAUCGAUGACAAAUAUGCAUCAAAAUGAGUAUUACCUGUAUUUAGCUCAGAAAACACAAUAUGUUGUGCUUGUUGUACCUCCACUUGUUACUGAAAGUUAUGUGAGUGAUUAUGGACAGGCAAAAAGCUUUCGUGAGAUUAAUGUUAGAGUGAAGUCUUUAAAUCAUUUUCAGCAUUUAUUUUGUGCUUGGUUUCUCCACGAAAAGGAUUCUGUAGAAUUACGCAAUGAAGCAGAACUUUAUGUAAGAGAUUGUUUCGAAAAUUCAAUUGACUUCAGAAGUUAUUUUUCAAAAAUAUGUUCUGUAGAGGAUUUUAGGACUCAUUACAAUUUGCAUCAUAAAAGACAAGAUUUGGCAUAUUGUAUGACCACUAUGUUCCGUUCAAUUAUAGAUACUCAUGCUUAUUUCAAAGAAGAAAAUGUGGAAAAAUUUUAUGGGAAAAUGGCAAAAUUGUUUAUUGUUGGGUUUAUUGUAUCUCCCCAUAUGAUUGCAGCAAGGGUAAAACUGACACAGGAACAGAAAGAAUUGUGGAAAUUGCCAAAUGAUCUGAAAGAAUCAUGUAAUGUUUUGGUAUAUCCAUCGGAACUUCUUGAAAAAUCAAAAGUUAAACAAGAUGAUAAAGUCAAUUUAUCAUCCUCUAAAUGUAAUCGAACAUUAACAUAUUCUGGACAAACUACACAUGCUCCAACAGAAAGCAUACUACCUUAUUUUAAAGGAAGAUCAUGUCAUAUUGUUCUAGGAAGAGUUACAGAUGCACCUGUGCGUAAUGUUGAUUAUGAUGUGUACUUUGCAGUCAAUAGAGAAACUAACGCCGUUAAAAAUAAUGCAGAUUUAGAGGAUGAUGAUAUUGGAAGAUCAAUUGUCCGAAGGAUUGGGAGAUACUGGUUUAUAUAUUUGAAGGAAACUCUUUGUGUUGAAGGUUUCUUCACAUCAUAUGUCAAGGCAGAAAAUUAUGAUAUCCGAAGAGUUUAAAAGUGUUCUGAAAGCAAGUUUGAUUUUGUAUAAUUUUAUAUCUGUUUACAGCUUUGAGUUGCUUUAAGAUUGUUGAAAAUAGUAAUAUGAAACUUUAUAUGAAUAAAAUUAUAUGUAAUGGAAUUUGUGCAUUAAAAAGAUGUGUUUUUGAAAUC